AUGGCUGACAACAAAAAAGCAGCGGAAAGAAGACGCACCAACUCUUCUUCGAGUUCUUCAUCAAGUAGUUCGUCUUCAUCUGGAAGCAGCUCAUCUGGUUCAAGAUCAUCGAGCUCUUCAAGUUCAUCGCGUUCAAGAUCAAGAUCUCCAACAAGAAGACGAGAAGUUAGAGUAAGUUUAUUUUUUUAACAUUUUAAAAUUGAUUUGGAAAUACGUCAAAAAAAAAAUAAAUAAUUGAUUUUUUUAGGGUCGCCGUUCACGCUCUCGUUCAGCCAAUCGCUCUCCAGUCCGCGGUUUCGCUCGCGCGGAACGCGGUGGCCGCCGUUCACCAUCUCCACAACGUCGACGCCGUUCACCUUCACCAAUUCGUCGUCGCGAUCGAAGCGGAAGCCGCGGAAGAAGACGUUCUCCAGUCGCUGCUCGACGCGCAAGCCCACGUCGUUCUCCCAGUCCAUCAAAACGCGUCUGUUUGCGAAAUCUUAGUAAGAAUGUGCAAAAAGGACAUAUCGAAGAGAUUUUCUCAACAUAUGGUGCAAUCAAAGUCAUCGAUUUGCCAGUUGAUCGUUCGCAUCCAUAUUUGCAUCGUGGAGUUUGUUAUUUGGAAUUUGAAAAUUUGGAAGACGCUGAAAAAUCGAUCAAAUACAUGGAUGGUGGACAAAUUGAUGGAUUGCAUAUUAGUGUUGAACAAUCAGUAAAUAGAUCGAAUUAUAGUCGUAGAUCACCACCAAGAAGAAGAUCGCCAAUUGGAAGAAAAUCACCACCAGGAAGAAGAUUGUUAGUUUUUUUUGAAGAAAAAAAAUUUGAUUUACAAGGGAGCAGUUUUGAUCCGAUUUUUCAAAUGUGUUGCCACGUCAUAUAUUUGGACUCAUAAUUAGAGUUGGGCUAAGUAGUUUUUCAUGAUCUGAUCAUGAUCAUGAUGAUCAGCGUUUCAAAAACUUCUAGAAAAUUUUAUUUAUUAAAAAAAAUAUAAUAUAACUCAACUUCUACAGAAACCUAAAUUUUCUGAAGUUUUCUCCCACCUGGAGCUCCAGAACCUUGGAUCCAAUAUAAUCAAACAGUUCCCUUUCAAAAUAAAAUUAUCAAAUUUAUUUUUUUAGCUCAAGAAGUCCACGUCGCCGCGCUUCUCCACCUGGCGGAAGAAGCUCUGGCGCCAAUUCUCAACCACUUGGCCCAAGUCGCUUCAAUCGUGCAAGUCGUUCUCGUUCUCCACCAACACGUCGGGGAAGAUCUCGCUCCUAA